GCUUGUGGGCUGGUUGUGGUGACUUUACGGUGAGCCAGGGACGAGUCUGUGUCUGUGUGUGGUGUGGAUUACUAUUGAGGGCAUGUCAGGAUCCUGUUUGAAUUGCUGAAUGAUUGUAAGUGAACAUGAUGUCUAAGCUCAGGUGUUGGCUGUGCCUCUUCAUUCUGGUGUGCUUGAGGAUACACCACACGCAUGGCUGGUUCUGGUUCGAUGACUCGAAAGAAAACGCAAAGGGCGCACAGACACCGGCUUACCUGACAUCCGUUAGGCCCACAUCACCAGUGAGGACAGAACCGCCCAGAACAACAGGUACAAGUGCUUCCGUAACUGAGUUCCUGAAAGAGGUCAGUUCUGAUGGAGGUCAUUUUGAGAGGAAAUCAGAGUUCAGGUCUGGGUUGGGGGUUGAGUCAGAAUCUAUAAAUGAGUCAUGGUCUGAAUUUGCUUCCGGAUCCGGAUCUGGAUCUGGAUCUGGAUAUAAAAGACAGGAUGGCUAUGUUACGUCAACCAGCCUUUUGGGUAUUGCUGGUGAAGAUGCUAGAUUGCAUGUGGGAAAUUUUGAACUUGAGACCAAAGAGGAGCAGAUGGAAGGACUUCAGCACAUCAGCGACCCAACAGACAGUCUAUUUAAUGAAAGCAUCAAUGUUUCUCAUAAAAAUGUUAGCACUUAUAAUGAUUCAAAUGGGCGUAAUUCUACAGAGCAUGAUGAUUAUGAUAACACGACAUUGUAUUCCUCUGAAUACUCUGUCUCAGAUAGUCUACUAACCAUUGAAAGCGAGUUUUUAGUAGCUAGCAUGCCAACAGCCGUCGAAUCUCCGCGCUGCUUUCCAGUCGAUUCUAAAUUGCCAUUUUGCACCAGAAUGGGAUUGGAGAGUUUCAUAUUACCAAAUUUUCUAAAUCAAAGCAGCGUGGAGGAAGUUCAGGUGGUUUUGAGCGAAUGGGCAUGGCUGUUGCGGUCAAACUGCCAUCAUAGCUUGGAAUGGUUUUUCUGCCUGCUGUUGACACCUCGGUGCGGCCCACCUGGACUGCCGCCCCCGCUGCCCUGUCGCAGUUUCUGCGAGGUCCUGCGCGACAGUUGCUGGACACUCCUGGAUGAGGGCCGCCUCCCCGUGGAGUGCCAGUUUUUGCCCGAAGAGAAGCAUGAUGGGUAUCGGUGCUUGUCAGUUAGUAACCAGAAAGAAGAAAGUGGAGUGUCGCUGUUGCAGUUAAUUGGUGAUCCUCCACCUGAUGGCGUCUCCAAAGUAUUUGACGAUGCUAACAACCCCGGCUAUGUGUUUGACCAAAGCUCCAAUGUGGGUCAGUCAGCUGCGGCCCACCUGCCCAACCCUUUCUUCCGGGACUUCUCCCUCAUCUUCAACAUAAAACCCACGUCCUCCAAGCCUGGUGUCAUCUUCUCCAUCACUGACCCAACUCAGAACAUCAUGUAUGUUGGUGUGAAGCUGUCAGCAGUGGAGAAGGGCAAGCAGUCUAUCAUCUUCUACUACACCGAGCCUGACUCGCAGAGCUCAUAUGAGGCAGCCAGGUUCUCCGUGCCCUCCAUGGUGAACACCUGGACCCGGUUUUCCAUCAGUGUUUUGAAUGAGCGUCUUUCCCUCUACUUCAAAUGUGACUCAGAUCCUCAGGUCAUCGGUUUUGAGCGGUCUCCAGAUGAUAUGGACCUGGAUGCCGGGGCGGGAGUGUUUGUUGGUCAUGCCAGUGGAGCAGACCCUGAUAAGUUUUUGGGUGUUAUUGGCGAUAUCAGAGUGUUGAAAGACCCUGGGGCAGCUGAACGGCACUGUGAAGAAGAUGAGGAUGACUUUGAUGCGAAUCUACAGGGAUCGGGUGAUUACGGAGCAAGUGGAGAUGGAGAGGGACCACCAUCAGUCCAGCCGACCCCUCCCUCCUCUCGGCCGAUCCAGCAGCCGCCGGUGACCAGCAGACUGCUUGUUGAGAAGCAGCAGACAGGUGCAAAAGGAGAGAAAGGAGACAGAGGAGACAAAGGUGACAGGGGUCUUGUGGGGCCGAAGGGCGACGCAGGAUCUGGAUCUGUGUCUGGUGGCGGUGCAAAAGGAGUGAAGGGUGACGCAGGAGAGAAAGGAAUUAAGGGCAAUUCUGGUUUUGGUUAUCCUGGAUCAAAGGGUGACCAAGGCCCUCCUGGGCCUCCAGGGCCUCCCGGUCCCACAGGGCCCAGUGCAGAUGUAGAAGUAAGGGGAGAUGGGUCAGUUGUGCAGAGGGUGGCAGGACCAAGAGGACCACCUGGACCACCAGGAUCCCCUGGCCCUGCUGGAGCUGAUGGGGAGCCGGGUGACCCUGGUGAAGAUGGAAAAGCUGGUCAAGUUGGACCUCCUGGUUUUCCUGGAACUCCUGGGAGUUCUGGACCCAAAGGAGAGAAAGGAGACCGAGGUGAAAGUCAGCCAGGACCUCGUGGGCCUCCAGGGCUUCCUGGCCCACCAGGACCCCCAUCUCGCUCUGAUAGGCCUACAUUUGUGGACAUGGAGGGCUCUGGAUUUGAUUUGGACGAUGUGCGGGCAAUGCCCGGUUUGCCUGGCCUGCCUGGUCCUCCUGGUCCCCCUGGUCCCCCCGGUCCCGCUGGCACUGGGUCUUCAGGCUCUGGUGGCUUUGGGCCUCCUGGUCCUCCUGGGCAAAAUGGAGCUCCAGGUCAACCGGGACUUCCAGGUCCAUCAGGUGCUGAUGGAAAAUCAGGCUUACCUGGUCCAAAAGGAGAAAAGGGUGAUGCCGGUGAGCUGGGCCUACCUGGACCUGUGGGAGAGAAGGGCACCAAAGGUUCUCUUGGUUCCCCUGGCCUUCCUGGAGAGGGUGGACUUGCUGGUCUUCCAGGACCUAUGGGACCUGUUGGACCACCUGGGCCACCUGGCCCAAGAUAUCAAGUUGGUUUUGAUGAUAUGGAGGGCUCUGGUGUUCACUUCAGUUCAGUCCCUGGAGUAAGAGGACCAAUAGGAAUCCAGGGACCUCCUGGUGCCCCAGGACCACAAGGUAAGCCUGGCUUCCCAGGAUUUCCUGGUGAGAAAGGCAGUGAGGGACCUCAGGGAAAAGAUGGCCAGCCUGGUUUGGAUGGCUUCCCUGGACCACAGGGACCGAGGGGCGACAAGGGAGACCGAGGUGACAGGGGUGAACCUGGUCGAGAUGGAACUGGACUUCCAGGUCCACCCGGCGCCCCUGGAUCACCUGGACAAAUUAUUUAUCGUUAUUCUGAAAAUUAUGAUGAAACUGGAGGUUCAGGACCUCAGGGUGGGGCUGGUUUUCCUGGUCAAGCAGGAUUCCCUGGCCCAAUGGGACCAAAGGGUGACAGGGGAGAUCCUGGUUCACCAGGCUAUGGCACUAAGGGGGAGAAAGGAGAACCCGGACUUAUUCUUGGACCUGAUGGAAACCCACUUUACCAUGGUGGACUGACAGGCCAAAAGGGUGAGAGAGGGCUUUCUGGACCAGUCGGACCUCCUGGUCCAGCUGGACCUUCUGGUUUGAAAGGUGAAUUUGGAAUGCCAGGCAGACCCGGCCGUCCAGGUGUAAACGGAUACAAAGGAGAGAAGGGAGAACCAGGGUCAGGCUCUGGAUAUAGCUACGCAGGUCCUCCUGGUCCCCCAGGACCCCCUGGUCCCCCUGGACCCGCUGUGCCCUUGGACAGAUUCGGUAGAUAUGAAGAUUAUUCGAGGCCAGCUACGAAAGGAGAGAAAGGAGACCAGGGACCUCCUGGUGUUCCAGGAUCACCAGGGUUUUCCUCUAACUUUGAUAUAUAUGCCCUAAAGAAUGAGAUGAAGGGGGAGCGUGGUGAGUCCGGUCUUAAAGGAGAGAAAGGAGAGCCAGGAGGUGGAUUUUAUGACCCUCGUUUUGGAGCUGUACAAGGACCACCAGGAAACCCUGGACUUCCUGGACCUAAAGGAGACUCUAUCAGAGGUCCCCCUGGACCGCAGGGCCCACCAGGACCACCUGGAGUUGGUUAUGAUGGUCGACCAGGAAACACAGGACCUCCUGGACCCCCUGGUCCUCCAGGGUCACCGUCAUUGCCAGGAGCCUACAGACCACCACUCAGUGUUCCUGGACCUCCAGGUCCCCCCGGCCCACCAGGAAUUCCUGGCACUGGAUCUGGGCAGGUGACUUUACUGAGGUCUUAUGACAUCAUGAUGGCUACGGCACGCAGACAGACUGAAGGUGCUUUGAUUUACAUUUUGGACAGAAACGAUCUCUACCUCAGAGUUCGGGAUGGUGUCAAACAAGUGAUGCUUGGAGAUUAUAAACCCUUCUAUGGAGAUCUGGACAAUGAAGUGGCAGCGGUCCAGCCGCCCCCUGUUGUUCACUAUUCCCAAGACCACACAGCUAACAAUGGAGCAGAGCAGAUUUCUCCACCGCACCCGCCGAUUGAGUUUCCAAGGAGGGAGCCAGAGAAUAGAAACCCCAAUCCACCUGACUCCCGUUACCCAGACCCACGAUACCCACCCAACACUGAUAACAGGUACACUGAUCCUGUACAACCACACAGAUACCCCGUUCAACCAGAGAGGAAUCCCAUCACUCCAGCCCGCCGUCCUAGCCCCCCUGUCAAUCAACCAGAAGGCCACGUCCACACUUCUGGACCAGGGUUGCAUCUUAUUGCCCUGAAUUCUCCACAAGUGGGCAACAUGAGAGGCAUCCGUGGGGCAGACUUCCUGUGCUUCCAGCAGGCUCGGGCCGUGGGCCUGAAGGGAACAUUCAGGGCCUUCCUGUCUUCCAAACUUCAGGAUCUCUACAGUAUCGUUCGCAAAUCUGACAGAGAGACAUUACCGAUUGUUAACCUCAAGGAUCAAGUCCUUUUCAGAAGCUGGGAGUCUCUCUUCAGUGACUCAGAGAGCAGGAUGAAGGACAAUGCUCCUAUCUACUCGUUUGAUGGCAGAGAUGUCCUGCGGGACAGUGCCUGGCCAGAGAAGAUGAUCUGGCAUGGGUCCAGUGGCAGGGGUCACAGACAGACAGAUAACUACUGUGAGACGUGGAGGGCCGGAGACCGUGCGGUGACAGGCUUGGCCUCGUCUCUGCAGGCUGGCCAACUCCUCCAGCAGACCUCCAGCAGCUGCUCCGGUUCCUACAUCGUGCUGUGCAUCGAGAACAGCUACAUGACACAAUCCAAGAAAUAAAGCCGUCCUAAAGAGCCUUUGAACACUCGACACAACCGUUUAUACAGGCCCAGUUUCGCUCCAGUAGAUGCCUGAAUCUAACGAAUGGAAAAAAAAAGAAAAUGACAAAAUUUUUUAAAAAGAACUGAGUCUGCCUUAAGGAGAAUUUGCCAGUCAUCUGCUCCCUCACCGUAACGCCAAAGAGGCAGGUUGAACAUGGAGGUGUUUGCUCUCUCUCAGGGCAUUGGCACAUAUUUUUCAGGGGGUUAAACCAGAGAAGUGAGGCCAACUGAGGCAGUGUUUUUAACUGUAUCCAUAUAAAAUUUUGUAUAUGAAUUGUUUGUCAUUUGUGUUGUUUUAUUUUUUGAAGAUGUCUUAAUUGGUAUAUUUAACCAAUUUUAGCUAUAUUUUUUUGUGUAACUUUUUUUUUCCCCCACUUAUUUGUCUGUUCCAUUUCCAUUUUCAUCCAAGGUUUGUUGGAUACUGAGGGGCAAACCUGACAUCUUAGUUUUAGGAUUUAAAAAGAGAAAAUAUUUAUUUUGCAAUAAAGAGAGCUAAAAUAUGAUUUGAAACUGUAAACCAUACUUUUUUUCUAUUUUAGUGAGCACUUUUACAUACUUCCACAGAUAAAAGUGCUAGACCGAAAUAACUGUAGCCACUCUCUCGAAAAAGCUCAAGUGGGAAAGAAGAUGCUUUGAAUAAUUCAAUACUUAUCGUUCAAAAGAGUUUUUGUACAAAACAAAAUUAUUUUAAAUACUUCUCUUGCAUUUAUGGGAUCACUGUGUGUUUUUUCUAUUGUGAUUUAAUGUGAAAUUUCAUAUGGACAUUCUUCUUAGUGUCAUUGUUUCGCACUUCUGGUUGAUUCUAGAAGUUUUGAUAAAGCAAAGUGAAUGAUUUAAGUAAAGAGGGGAAGCUGCAAGAUUUUUGAAACAAAUAUUCAUGUAAAAAUUCUGUUACUCAAAAAUAGCGGUUACAUGUCCUAUAAAUCAUUGGACAUUUCAGAGGCUUUGGUUGCAUUCGGUGCUUUUCACUGAUGAAACAGCUGCUGACAGUGUUGUUUGGAAGAGACAGAUGUGUUUUAUGAAGACACUUUAUCUUCUAUCCAUAUGGAAUUUCAGACACCUAAUCCACUGUAGUGCUACUGAUGUAUUCAGUACAACCCUGUGGGCUUCUAGUCUUUUUUUUAAACCAGUUCUGUACCAUGUCUCAGAGGCACUGAAUAAAUGAUUUUGUUUUUGUUUGCCACAAUAACUUUGGCACUAGUUCUUGUGUAUCAAAAUCUUUUUCGUUAAAACCUCUGUUCAUGCACAAUAUUAACAUAUCGGAAUUCAUUCACAAGCCAUUUCAUAUCAUGAAUGUGUUUACUGUUCACUGACUGAUUACUAAAAAAUAAAGGUACAUUUUUCCUCCCACAA